GUGGAGCCAUACCAGACUGAGCGAGAAGAUACGGAGGAACUCUCGGAAGAAUCUCUAUUUUCUAGCCGCAUGUUUGGGCCAGAGAUCAACGAUGGAGGAGAGGAAGAAGAGCAAGACGUGGGUCGCCGCCGUACAAGCAUAAGAUCGACAGGAGCGGUGAUGGACCUGUUGCCUCCAAUGGAAUCUACUCUUUCGCGCGAGUCGGUCAUGUCGUAUGAUUCGAUGAAUAGUGUUGUAACAGCUAUGCUAGAAACUCAGUACAUCGGCCAGGACAGUGGGUCUGAUUACUCUUCUACUCGAAUUAUCAAUGUUCCUCGUACCGCAACUUCAAGCCAGCCCGAGGUUGUUGUGGAAGAUCAAGGUGAUGAUGAUAGAGCUAUGCAAGCUGCUGUGGAUCGUUCAUCGAGAUUGCAUUCUCGUGUCAGUACUAGCGAAGACUAUGAAAGUGAGCGGCUCCAGACCAUAACGCCUUCAUCGUCGCGCCAAUCACUCGGACUUCCUCGCAUGCGGCAGCCAAGUAACAGUACCCGAGAUGGCGAUGGCAGUGAGCACUCGUCGUACUUUGAAGGCAGUGUGGUGUACCUAUCUGCUAAUGAAUAUGAGCCAACCGAUAUGAUGAGCGUCAGUAGUGGUGUAGACAGCAUUGACUGGCACUCGGCGACAGGAUCAAUGGACUUUGUUGAAGUGGUGGCGCAAGACGACGACGAGGACGAGGCAGAGACUGAUGCUCGGGUGGCUCAAUGGGUCAUGGAAGAACUCGAGGCGCCUUCGAUUCAUCGUUUGGAGCGUUCGACAUCAAGAGAUCACCUUCUUUACCGGUACUUCCAAAGACAGCAGCUCGGUGGCGGUCAGACAGGCGGUCAGACUGAUCCCAGUGCUCAUACAGGAUUCGAGUCCGUUGAAGUGGAUAUAAUUUCACAAGAUUCAGAGGAUGAGGAAGGCUCGGUUGGAUCGGACAAGACUGCUACUUAAAUUCUUAUUCAAUUCCUCUUUAUUAAAAAAAAGGCACAGUGUAAUCAAUAUAUAUAUAUAUAUAUACUAGAUAAUUUGCAUAUCACAAGUAUCUAUAUGUAUACAAAAAAAAGGGUAUGUGUAAUAAACACUUUUCAGCUAUUAAUUAUCUCCAGAUUUCAUUUUAUUAUCAUUAUUAUUUCUUCCUAUUCCAAAGCUUUAAUAAAUAUAUAUAUAUAUAUUAUGAAUCC